CGCAGUAUUUUAAGAAGAGCCGUUUACGUGUCUCAGCUCUUCUGCUUGAGUGAAAUAACUGUACUGACAACUGACUGUGUGAAAUAUGCACAAACUCGAACACUCCGUCGCUAUUAAAAUAAUUACGAAUGAUGACACAAUUGAGGAAAUUAUCAAUCCAGGUAUUCAAUUCAUUCCGAUUUUAUGAUUUAAACCCAAGAAGAAUUAAUUAGUUAAAUUAGGUACUAUUAAUAGUGAAUAGUGCUAACUAUUACUGUCACUAUUGACAAUUGAAUAUUGAGUAGUAUUAGUAAUAAUGUAAGUAUAACUUUAUAGGGGAGCGAGUGCAAUCAGGUUAGCACAAUCACUAUGUGACAAUAUGAAUAUGGCUAAAAAAAUUUGCCUUGGAGUAUUUGUAAGAUAUAUGUGCUGAAAUCAUCUGCGCCCCCCCCCCCGAUUGAUUGGAUACAAAAAUUUUAGACAAAAAUAGACAAAAUAUUUAUUAAAGUAAAGAGAAAAUAAAGAGAAAGUAACUAAGCUGAUGUCCUGUCCGUUCGUUCACCAUACAAAUACGCUACAGGCUACAGUAAAUUAAAACUACAUUAAAACAUUAUUAAAAAAUUUUUGCCCCCCCCCCCCUAGAAAGUUUUCUGCGGGCGCCAUGGCUGAAAUGAAUAUGUACAAUAUACAAUGUCAUUAAAAAACAUAAGUGACUAAAUAGCACUUCAAAGUGGAACAACCGGCGGAGCCAACACCCAAGUGGUAUACUACAAGAACAUGAACUUGAACAUUCACAUUUUUAAAAUUUUUAUUUACUUUUUUAAUAUUCAUUUAUAUUCAUAGCUCAAAAAAUACUAAAGCCUUUAGACUUAAGAAGAUGUUUGUUAUAAUUUUGAUAUAAAUUAUAUUCUACAGAACUGUAUAACUAUAACUGUUGUAUAACUUAUUAGUAUAACUUUUAUAAUUAAUCAUUUAUUCUGUUUUUGAAACCUGUCCAUUGCACUCUAUCCAUUACGAAUUAUGCUUAGGCCUGGUGAAUUUCAAUUUAGGUUAGCAUUGUCAAUCAAUAGAUAACAAAAUGAAAUAAGCGCUAGUACUAGGGCUAAUUAUUUUACGAAGUGGUUAUGUGCAGCCGACUGCGUAUAACCCUGAGAGUUAUACGCAAGAGUUAUACGCAAUUGGCAAAUCACGUGAGGUCUAUAUUCUUCCCGUGUUACAGCAUCGAUCAAUAAAGGUCCUUUGUUAUUAGGGUGACUGGGUGGUUGAAUGGUAUAAACUGAGCAAACCUCAAGUUGGUGGACAUGAGUUCAAUUCUAGCCAAAGGCCAGCCAUGAAUACGUAUUAGGUGUUAUGUUUUUUCUCGAGAAUGAAGCAAAAACAGCUAGGCUUAUUGUUUUAUUUUGUUUUGGCUAAAAAAUGUUAAAACAUGAUAAGAAUUAUUAACUUGACCAAUGCAAUGUUAAUAAUGUUAUUCUUAUAAUGAUCAAAUUCAAAUAUAUGUUUUUGUUGUUAACAUAUAUUUUGUGUUGUUAACAUAUAUUUUGUGUUUUUAACUAAUUUUGUGGCAGAUAAAAUCAUGUUUCUCUGGUACAGUAAUAAAUAUAAUCAGGGGUAGAGAGUAGCAGUAAAAAAUAGCUGUAGGGGCAGGGGAUUCUGUAGAGGGGGCACUUAAAGUAAUACUUUCACACAGUUAUAGUUUUGCAUGGAAGCUGAAAACUGUUACAUUUAGGUCACCAAAAAAAAAAAAAAAAUCAUAAAAGAUAUAAUUUUUUGAAAAAUAAAUAGAAUGUAUUUCCUGAAUUAGUCAGUAAAACCAACCACUUGGUCAUAGCAACAUAUAACAAACUAAUCAAUCAGAAUACAGAACUAGACCAUGAAAAUGCCUUUUAUAAAAUCAUCUUCUUAGGUUUAGACUCUAAGAAAUGUAGACUUUGACUUAGACUUAUAAUUAUAAUAUAUAAGAUACAAGCAAUAAUACUAAUAAUAGCACUAAUACUAAUACUAUUACUAUCAUUCAAUAUUAAUUAAAAUUAAUUCAAUUAAAAUUUUACAUUAAACACAACAGUUCUAGUUCAAAACCACUCCAGCAUGCAGCUAAUUACGCACGCAUGAUACUUUUUUUUUUAAUUGCCAAACUAGCGGUAAUAAACCUUAUUUGGCUAAAUUCCCAGCCGACUGCGUACAACCCUGAGAGUUAUACGCAGUCGGCUGGGAAUAACCCCCAGGGUUAUGCGCAGUCGACUGCGUAUAACGCUCCCAUUAUUUUAUUAGUAAAUACUGUCUUUCUUUACCCAAAAAACCGUUUUACAAAAUGAACUGGAACUAAAAAUUCCUUUUAUCAUUAAAGUAUUCUUCUAUUUGUCAUACUUUACCAAUCACGCUUGGAAGAAAUUGGCUUUAUUCAUAACCUACAAUCUGCUCAAAUCAGCUUUCAAAUUUCUCAUGAAAUAGGAUCUGAGCAGAUUGGUUUUUAGAUACUCACAAAAGGUCCUACUUUUUUUAUUGCUGGACUGCCUUUAUUAGUUAAAAGUUAAAACAAAAAUUAAACUUUGUUUGGAAAAAAAUUAUUUGGCACAGAGGCAUGUUUGUGUUAUUUACUUGUUAAAAUAUACUCAAACUUGAUGGAUAAAUAACUGUAUAGACAUAGAAAAAUGGGACAUUUAUAAUGUAACCUCUCUUCUUUCAUGACUGAUCCAAAUUAUAUUUUUGAGUGUAUUGUUGUUUUCAAUGUCUUGUCCAUUGCCAUCACAAAUUAGUAAAUCCUAUUGGUUUUGAAAUUUUGUUAGCUGAAUGCCAACAAAAACUUGAGCAAUAAAAAAUUUAAAAGGACUGUCAACUCUUGUUUCUCCCAGAUUAGUUAAUUCAUCAAGUUCUUUCACACAUUGUAAUACAUCGUACUAGCACUGAAUCAACUCAAGUCCUUUAUCACAAUAAGUGUAAUAAUCUAAUCAUAUACACAGGCUUUAAACUCUAUAAACACAUGCAGCUUGCUAUCAGACAGAAAUGAAACACAUCCUACUUCCACAAAGUUCCUAUUCAAGACUGAAUAAAACGUACAUCACAAAACAGACUCGACAAUACGUCAUAAUGAGCAUAAUAGUACGCCACCAAGUCAAGCACGGGAAGAGCGUUCACUAACUAAUAAAACUCCCACCUCGCAUAAUAAAACAUAAUAUUCAGUUGUAACAAUUAAUAAUGAACUCCCAUAGCCGACAAGGACAAUGUGUUGCAUGCGUAUUUUAAGUUUGAGGCCUAAUGGCUAAAAGUUUUUUCGGUGAGCUCGUUGAUAGCUUCAGUAAUGAAUCCUUGGUCUUAUGUGAUGAAGAUAAAUUGGGCAAAGUUCCCACAGUUUUAUUAAAAGACCCCAGCCAAAGUCUAACCAGAAAUGAGAUCAAGUACCUGUCUAGAGAUUUGAACCACUGAAAUACUUUGAGAGAAAGUCUUUCAGCUGUUUUUUUUGUUGUUCUAAUUCUGUUAAUUUAAUUAAAGAGAGCGAGUUCUGUUAAACUACACUGGCCAGUUAUUUCGGCUCAUACAUCAGUAAGUCUCAUUGGCUGAGAGUGGAGUGGGAGGAAACAAGUUUGUGUGUGCUCCAUAUGUCAUCAUAUGUAUUCAGAAAAUAAUUUUUGAUUGGGUGCCAACCUUAGAAAGGUGUGAUGUGGAUUUUUGAAUGCAACCAGGAAAAACCUUUUUAGUGAAGUCACUUCGAUAGUAAACAUACCUAUGCUGUCUUAUAUACAGAGCCUAGACAUAAGUAGGCCUAUACCUUGUGGUAUAGAGUUAAACCAUAGUGUAAAUAAACAUUUGAAUUAUGAAACAUCAUCACUUCUUCAUCACACUGUUGAAAAAAAGAGAAUAACUUGUUACCAGAAAUAACCCUAGACUAACAAGCAACAUAACAAUAAUCAGGGUAAUCCAAUUUUAAGUGAAUUUGAAUGGACCACAAAUUUUUAAGUGUAUGUAACUUUCAAUUUUCUUUUUAGAUUUCAGUGCCUGUGGAAGCGGUAAUGUAAUUUUAAAAAGAAAUCAGCCAUGUAAGGGAGAUGCCCUUGAUUUUGUCACCACUGCUGCCAAGUCUGACCAGCAUGCAUGCAGGGUGCGCAGAAAGAAAUUAAAAUAUUCAGGUAAUGAUGAACAAAUUAAUCCAAUCCCAUCCAUCCCAAAAGUUUGCCUGGCUACUUCUACAAAUAGCCAAGAGUCUAAAGUCAGUCAUGCUGGACAAUUUAAUUUGAUGUCCGAUGUAAGUUUAAGUAGCCUCCCAGUCGUCAAUGAAUCGGGCAGUGUGGAAACCAAAGCUAAAAGAAGGAAGAGAACUAGAAAGCAUGCAGAACAGGUGCAAAAAAAGGCAAAGAAAAUUAGGCGCAGCUCCGACAGGGAGAUACAAAAGCUUCAAAGGCAAAAUACACAAGCUAAACGCUCUUUAAGAAAACCAUUUGUCCAGUCCAAAGAUCCAGUGGUAUCCUCACCAUUACCACCUCUUGACUCGUGCAAUGCUGAAACUUCAUGUGUUGCAAAACAAAAGUGGAUGAUUGAUCAAAACUCUUCAAAAUAUGUGCCGUUGUCACCCAGUGGUCCAUCUGUUCUGAAGCCAUGUACUAGUGCAUUACUCCAUUACAGUUUAGAAAAUGUAAACUUUUUGAUGGAACAGAAAAUAGCCAAGAUCAAUGCAUCUCAUUCCAGAAGGGAGGCAACUGCUUUGAUGCAGACAAAAAUUAAAUCAACGAUGGGUGAUUUAGAAAUGUCUGAGAUCCAUCAAGCCAUUUCUUUCAAGGAGAAAGAUUCUCAAAGCACUACCUCCUUCACUUGCCAACGAAGUGACACCCUAGGAACAGUGACCACCUCAGUGUCCUGCCAACAGAGUAACACAGCCAGAACAGUUGUCAUUACACCUCCUCCUGAAUUAAUACAUGUCACUCCAUCUGGGAAAAUUAAUUACUCAGAUAUUAUUAAGAAGGGUAUUCUACAGCUUUUUGACAGAAAUGCAUCCCAGAUUGUGCUUCUGAUUCACCUAAAGCAGACAAGAACGUAUCAACCACUACCACGCAGGUGUGCCUUUAGGGUGACGAAAAAAGAAGGAACUCUACACUUUGAGCCCACUGAGUUUCCGCCAAAGAAACAUUCUGCAGGGGGUAAGAGAAAGUUAAAUACAGAAUCUUUGUCCAGUGACAUGGAUGUGGGUGAGAGAAUUCAAUCAAAACCUGAAUCUUCUUCCAGUGAUACUGGUGUGGAUAAGAGAAAAUCACCAAGAGACCAUAGAGGCACUUUUACAUGCAAUACAUUCUCAGAUUUAGGAUCUGGUAAUGAACUGUCAGCAGCUUCAGGAAAUUCCAAAACAGAUUUAACAAUAAGUUUUAUGCCAGGAACAGCUAUCUUGACACAUGAUGCAGCCGCCAGUGCACACUGUGGGGUAGAAGAGGUGGUUUCAACAGGUUCGUCGAAUGCUAUCAAUAGCACAGUUACAACUGUACCUGUUUUUACUAGAGACAUUUCUUCUGUUUCAGAUCCUCGCACACUUCAAACACGCACAGUAUCACUCAAAGAUAAAUGUCAUCUGAAAACAGUUGAAGUGACCAUACACGCAUCAGCGGACAAAGCUGUGCACUUUGAUCCUGAAAAACAUUUGUUGCCCCACCCGGCUGAAUCAAGCACUGCCAGCUCAUUUUCUUGUGAAGUGACUCCAGCUUGUGAUAAACACCCUGAAACAUCUGAAGAAAGCCUGAAUACUUCCAUCACUCUUCAGCCGGUUACUAAAACUUUGCAAGUUCUGAACUCAGCAAUUAAACCUCAGGCAACCACUAGACCAAUGCAAAGUAUAGAAUGUUCAAAGACAUCAAAGGCAGCUACUGAAACUGAACAAACUCUGAACUCGCCAACUUUACCACAGUCUACCGAAACAACACAAACUCUGAACCCUCUCAUUGUACCACAGUCUACUGAAACAACUCAAACUCUGAGGUCGCCAAUCACCACUCAGUCGGCUGAUAAGUUUCAACCUUUUACUUUGAAAAAAAGCACACGUUUACAAAAAUUGACAAAAAUGACCAAGCCAUUCCCAUCUAAUUUCACCAACCCAGCCGCAGCUGAAAUGUCUCAGUCUGCUCGUGCUGGUGAAGUAGUCUUACCUUCUAUCACAGAUGAUUCUCAGCUUAUUCCCAGUACAGUAAAUAGCACUCCUAUCACGCUCGCAGACAUCAGGUGCCCUGAAAAGAAUACAGGAGAAAGCAGUCUUGUGGCGGAAGGUUCUCAGCCUGUUCUAAGGACAUCUGACCUCCAACAAGUCAGUUUGGCCAGAGUUGCAGGAUCCCAUUCAACAGGUUGGUUUUCAACUUAAUAAUUCAUAAUAGAAUUGAAAUAUCCUAUUUAGUUAAUGUUGUGAAGCAGUGCUUCUUAAACUUCUGAGUGAGACAGACAAAAGCAGAAUUUUACUACAUUGCCCCAUGGUAUGUCCAAUUAAUUUUAUUUUUUUUAAAAUUUUGUGACGAUCUUAGCUGUUCAAUCUUCUCUUGAAACAGAUGGUUGGUUAACUGACUGAGACCCACUUGGUGAAGGCCUGGUAUAAGGCUUAUAGUAUAAGGCUUUGCAGGUUGACAUUGUUAUGAACCAACAGCUUCAAAAAAUUUUUAGGUUUAAAUUUAGGUAUCUGCACCAAUAUUUCAUUUGCCAAGACUAAAAGUAGAUGCUGCCAUUGACUUUCACAAUGGCAAUGACUUUAGUGGGUUUAUUACAAAUUCCAGGACAAAUUUGUCUGGUGCUGUUCACAACUAGAGACAAACAGACAUGUGCCACAGACUCCAAUACUUGGGAAAUGGGGAAAUUUUUGGUAAAAAAAAAUUAAAAUCAUUUUAAGGGGAUUAAACAUGGUGUUUACUUAUAUGCUCACACAUGUACGAUUUUUGUCUUCAUGCAAGCCCCGUCAUACUGCAGGCAUAUCUCAAAGAGUUUGGCUUCUCAUUGUCUGAAAACUGAAGAUUUUUUUGUUACACAUUGUCCUAUAUCUCACCUUCUGUGCUCCCAAUGACAUUAAAACUUUUAUUUUAGUUUCCGAAAGUGACAAGGUUUCUAGUGAUGCAGAUGAAAACAGCGUUACCUCGACUAACUCCUUUGACUCCCCGCUUUAUCAAUGGACAAAGUCAGAUGUGGCGCGGUGGCUUAAUUUUCACAGGCUGGGGAGAUAUGCAUCGCAGUAA